AUGCUAAACGCAGCAGUGUUUUCUACAGCAGACGAGCAGCUAAUAAGAGGAAAUUAUGUUGAAGCUGAGGACAGCUACGCCAAGCUUCUACGGGAUGCAGUACAAGAGAAAAACCUUCCCCUUUGGGCUGACUGUUUGCAAAGUUUGGGAGACGUCUACAUGGAGAAGGCACAAGACAAACAGUUUCAAAUACGCGAGCGGGUUAACGACCUCACAAAGGCGGUUGCACUGUACAACGCCGCUGUGGCCAUGGUUCGUCAAGCAGACGAAACAGACCGCAUACAAGUUCUGAGUCACAGAAUACAACGUGUGGAAAAGGUAUUCCUAAAAUGUGUAGGGUCAAAGGCAACAACAAGACCAUCAUCGAAACUGCAACAGCACAACAAGUCGCAGUUGAAAUGGAUGCGGGAAACUGCUUUCCAGCGGCUAAUGGAAUGCGAACGGGAUUGCUGUAACUUUGAUGAGAAUCCAAUGGAGAAUGCAGAUGUGAUGACAAAAGAGUACAAGUGGGCUUUAAAGGUGCAUCAACUUUACAAAGAAAUUGCUGACAACAUUAAGGAAUUCAUACGUGGUCUUGUGAACGAGUGCAUAGAGGCUUUGGGACAACCCCCUUGUGAAUAUGCGGUUAUUGGUCUAGGCUCUCUAGCUCGGGAAGAAACAACACCUUUCUCUGAUUUCGAAUUCGCCAUUCUUGUUGAAGAAGGUAAGGAUACGGCACGGGUGAAAGGUUACUUCCGUAACUUGACCAACUUGCUGCAUAUAAAGGUCAUCAACCUUGGCGAGACCAUCCUCCCGGCCAUGUCCAUCAGGAGUUUGAAUGAUCGCGUGUCCGGAGAUGUGGAACGUGAUUGGUACUACGACUCAGUGACUCCCAGAGGGUUUGCCUUUGACGGUGCCAUGCCGUGGGCCAGCAAGACUCCCUUGGGGCGGGCGGCCACGAAGGACAAGCCAGCGCUAGAGCUGAUUCUCACGCCGUCACAGAUGGCAGCAAUACAGGAGGAAGACCGCGCCGUCAAAGAGGGCUACCAUCUUGCGGACGUACUUGCAAAGGUGACACACGUUGUAGGAAGUCUUGCCUUAGUGGAGGAGUAUCAAAAGAUGGUAAGGGAUACAAUACUCUCUUCAAUCUACGGUAAGAACUUGCACCUGACAACUGUAGAAGAAGGUGCAUCAACAUCCAGUAAAGACGUGGAAGUAGAACAGAAUAGGCAUUGGAAAGCACUAAUGUCAGGUCUAAAAAUGACAACACAGGAAGGGAUCUAUUUGGGACUACUAAAAGUCGGCCACUCUUACGAAGUAAAGAAAGAGAUCUAUCGUUUUCCCACCACCAUUAUUAGCACUUUGGGGAUUUGUUGCGGCGCAUUUGAAAACUCCUCGUGGGACAUCGUGGGAGGGCUUAGACGUAAUGACGUCAUUACCGAAUCUGCGGCUCACAACUUGAAGAUAGCCGUGUGCCUCGCUUUGGCCCUGCGCUUGCGCAGAUACAUGGCUUCGGGGGCGCAGCGGGACGCCAUGACAGUGACUCACAGCUUUGUGUUGCUUGCUGAUGUCGAUUUGGACACCAGUGAUUUGCUAUCAACUUUCAACCUCGAAAACACAAACACCCUCGCACGAUUCUAUCACACGGCUCUCCCUUUACAAAUUGUUCUCAGCAAAGUCCGGAAAUCAGGCGAUCCAAAUGUCAUGAAAUCAAACCUUAUAGAACUUUUGGAAGACCAGAGCCUUUACGACGACACAAAUCUUACAAGAGGGUUGAUACAUCUUCGCUUCGGGCAAUACGAAGAGGCCGAGGCGGCACUUCGUCAGGCGGUCGAAGACGAGGACCACGCCGAUGACGUGGCCGUACACAGUUACGUGCUGUCCCUGCGAUACCAGGAC